AUGGAGGGAUGGAGGGAUGGAGGGGUGGAGGGCCAGCUGGGACCCACGCCGGCCCCCCCCGGGGGGCUGCAGAACCUCUCCUCCUCCGGGGCGCCCCCGGCGUGGCCCCUGGCCCCCCAGCAGGCGGCCCUGGCCGUGACCUUGACCCUGAUCACCGUGGCCACGGCGCUCUCCAACGCCUUCGUCAUCGCCACCAUCCGCCGCUCCCGCAAGCUGCACACGCCGGCCAACCUGCUGGUGGCGUCGCUGGCGCUGACCGACCUGCUGGUGGCGCUGCUGGUGAUGCCGGUGAGCGCGCAGUACACGGUGCGGCGCGCCUGGACGCUGGGCCGCGCGCUCUGCGCCGCCUGGCUGUCCUCCGACGUCACCUGCUGCACCGCCUCCAUCCUGCACCUGUGCGUCAUCGCGCUGGACCGCUACUGGGCCGUGACGGACGCCGUGGAGUACCAGAGGAGACGCACGGCGGGCCGCGCCGCCGCCAUGGUGGCCGCCGCCUGGGCCAUCGCCGCCUGCAUCUCCCUGCCGCCCUUCUUCUGGCACCGACAGGCGGCGGCGGUCGAGGAGGAGGAGACGAGCUGCAGCGUCAACACCGACCACGUCUUCUACACCGUGUACUCCACCUUCGGAGCCUUCUACAUCCCCACGCUGCUGCUGCUGGCGCUGUACGGGAGGAUUUACGUGGAGGCGCGCCGGCGCAUCCUGAAGCAGAACCAGCCCGGGAAGAGGCUGACGUCGGCGCGGCUCAUCACCGACUCCCCCGGGUCCGUGUCGUCCUCCACCUCAACCCCCCUCCACCACCAGGGCACGUCCUCCUCCACCCCGAUCCACCGGGGAACCAACGACCCGUCCUCCACCUGCAACCACACCCAGGUGAAGGUGACGGUGUCAGACGCGCUGCUGGAGAAGAAGCGCGUGUCGGCGGCGCGGGAGCGCCGUGCCACCCGGACCCUGGGCGUCAUCCUGGGGGCCUACAUCGUCUGCUGGCUGCCCUUCUUCAUCUACACGCUGCUGGCGCCGCUGUGCCCGUCCUGCGUCCACGCCGAGCUGUUCGACGCCUUCACGUGGCUCGGCUACCUCAACUCCCUCAUCAACCCCGUCAUCUACACCGCCUUCAACGAGGACUUCAAGCAGGCGUUCCACAAGCUGCUGCGCUUCCGCUGCUGCAGGGCCUGA